UUAUGUUACUCUACUGACACUUUAACUGCUUGGUUCGAUGGAAUCUAUUUGAAUUUCAUGAGUUCUCAUUCGCCCUGUAUAAAUUGCACAUUUUUUAUGUUUGUAUGAAACUUUUUCAACUCUGCAACUUUGGUGGCUGUACUUUUUGCAAACCUGCCAGUAACAAGCGUUAACCCCCUUUCACCAAAAAUGAGAAGCUACAAAGGAAAUGGUUUACUUUGAGACAUGAUGUGGAGAGAUCUCGCACAUAGGAGCUCCAUUUUGAGACUUUGAGACAGGCAGGGAGCAAUGGGAAAUUCUGAGAGCCAGUACAGCAUCCAGAGCCUUAAAGCCACCAGCUUUGGCUUCUCGGGGACACAGAAGCCAUGCUCACUAAAGCUUGGUCCAGCCACAGAUGACCCUCUGUCACCUCACGAGUGGUGGAAAAGUGCACCAGUGAGCUCCGGGUAUAAAGCCAAAUGUGUCAGCCGAGGUUGUCUUUCCCCUCCAAAGAGCCGACAACCUUACUCUGCCCGUCACAAUGACUACAUCUCCAGAGGAGUGAGGGGCAGCCAGAAUGAGCACCGCUGGCAUCGGUCGACUGGAUGUGGUAUACGCAAGCGGCAUGUAUCCGAUGACUAUGAAGAUAAUCCGUACGGUGCAGAGCUCAAUGACUGUACUUUGAAUGGUCAGAGAGACAAACAGCAGGUUUUAGAGAAACAGAGUAGCCCAAGAGUGGUGAUCAAGAAGGAUGGCAGUCUGAGAGUGGAAUUCACCAACACCUCAGGCAGCGAUUUCCUCCUGGAUGAGGUUUCAAGUCCUGUACAACUCCUAAAAUUCUCUGCUAAUUUGGAGUCCCCCUCGACCCCUAGUUUGCCGGGCUCUGGCAGCAGCGAGCCAGAUGGCCUCCGCAGUGGUCCUCCACCAGCCUCUACAUCCUCCACUGCCAGAACCAGUAAAGGAAGCUCUCUGAGCUCAGAUGGUUCCUGGUAUGAUUCUCCUUGGGGGGCUAGCACAGAACUUUGUGAGCAGGACCAGUCCUGCUCUUCUAACAGUACACAAGUGCACUCCCCUAUCCACAAACAUGACCCUUUCACCGAACAGUCUUCCCCCAUGUCCAUUGUCAGCCUCUAUAAUGACUCUACAAUAGCUGCUACCUUCCCCACAGCCAAGGACCUGUCCUCCCAUUUAGAGUUGGCUCCAAUUGGCCAACAGCCACAUACAGCCUCCCUUGCAUCAGCUUUUGAUGUGCCCUUGAAUGAGGAAUGCCUUGAGGCCCGCCAGUAUUCAUCAUACACCCUGCCCUGUCGAAGGCCCAAAGCUCACACCAUGAGCGAGGGUCUGGAUCAGUACCCCAACCAUGAACAGCAUCGGGAGGGGGCUGGAUCAGAGUUUGGCUUCCACAAGAAAGCUUCCAUAAAAAAACACAUUCGACGUUUCAGUGACUGGACUGGCAGCCUCAGUCGUAAGAAGAGAAAGACCCAGGAGACCAGGCACAAGGACCUGAGCGACACCUUUGACAGCGGUGUUGAUGGCCUGACUGUUGAAACCAGCUCCCCGUCUCAGGCAUCAAGCCUCUUGUGGUUCCCAGGAGCCUCAAGAACCCAAUCAUCUGGGGCUAUUCACCAAUCAACUAAUGACGCGCUCCGCCAGAACAUUUAUGAGAACUUCAUGAGAGAGCUGGAGACAGGUAGUGGCCAGGGAGGACGCGAGAGAAGAGACCCAUCCACGGGCGAAGAUGAGGGGGAGAGCAGCAGUGAGUCAGCUGAAGGGUCUCUGGAGCAGCUGGACCUGCUGUUUGAAAAGGAGCAAGGGGUGGUCAGACGGGCAGGGUGGCUUUCUUUCAAACCUUUAGUGACGCUGCAGAAGGACAGGAAGCUGGAGCUGGUGACACGUCGCAAAUGGAAACAGUACUGGGUCACCUUAAAAGGCUGUACAUUGCUAUUCUAUGAGACAUACAGUAAAGGCUCACCAGACCAAGAGCUCUCACCUCGCUACUCUCUCUUGGCCGAAGACAGCAUCGUCCAGGCUGUUCCAGAGCACCCUAAAAAGGAGAAUGUCUUCUGCCUCAGCAACUCAUACGGCGAUAUCUAUCUCUUUCAGGCCAGCAACCAGACCGACCUAGAGAACUGGGUGACAGCCAUCCACUCGGCCAGUGCCUCGUUGCUGGCCAAGCGCCAGGGAAAAGAGGAUACAGUACGUCUGCUGCGGAGCCAGGUCCGUGGCCUGUUGCAGAAGAUUGACAUGGAUGGGAAAAUGAAGAAGAUGGCUGAGCUUCAGCUGACUGUUGUCAGUGACCCCAAAAACCGCAAGGCCAUUGAAAACCAGAUUCAGCAGUGGGAGCAAAAUCUGGAGAGGUUCAACUUGGAUCUUUUUAGGAUGCGCUGUUACCUGGCCAGUCUUCAGGGCGGUGAGCUACCCAACCCAAAGAGCCUGUUAGCAAUCGCUAGCCGCCCUACCAAAACUACCCUGGGCCGUCUCGGGAUCUUCUCUGUUUCAUCCUUUCAUGCACUGAUUUGUUCCAGAGAUGAGGCUACACUGCGCAGACGCUCAUUGUCACGAACCUUCCGAAAGCACAAGCGAGGCCUUUUCUCUUCCCUCAAAGGCCUUGACACCUUGACGAAGAAGAGCAAAAGGGUCUCUGCAUCACAGAUCUUUGAGAGCGACGCUGGAGGUCAAGCUCAUUUUCCACCUCCCAAGAACACAGAGAGGAUGGAUGUGCUCACCAGUAUCUACUCCAUGCCGCCCUCUGAGGAUGGUGUGCAGGAUAGCAUCAGCUCUACCACAGGCAUGCUGACCUGUGUCUAUAUGCCAGAUGGCCUGACAGCCCAGGUUCACAUUAGAAGUGAGCAGAAAGGCACUGACCUCCUCUUUGAGGCCUGCAAGGCUAAACAGCUGGACCCAGACCUGCACAGACUGCGUCUGCACAGGCAGGCGGGCCAGGACACAGAAAUUCGAUCUGUGGCGCCUGGCGAGCUUGUCUGCGAAUUGGCCUAUGGCCAAUUGGAGGUGGUCCCAGUUUAUGUGUUUACCCUGCGAAUGAGCAGGGUAAGUGGCAGUGGAGAUUUUGGAUUUGCAGUGACAGGACAUAUUGACAGUCAGAAGAACAGUCGGAUCUUUGUCAGUGAAGUGCUCCCAGAUGGACUAGGUUUCACUGAAGGUUUACGUCCAGGUGAUGAAGUGCUGAUGCUGAAUGGCCGCUAUGUAUCAGGUCUGGAUCUGACGCUGAUACAGACCCUGUUUGCUGAGCAAACACUCAACCUGUGCCUGAGGCGGGAUGGACCCCCGCCUCAAAACGGUGCCUCUGACUACCCAGUUCCUCCUCUGGCAUUCAAGCUCAAAGCAAAGUCCUCCUCAGACUUGUGCUCUGCAGCGGAGGGUAGCGAUUCCAUGUGUGCCAGGCUGGAGAGUCACCCCCACUGCGCACACAGGCCUGUUCAGCUCAGCAAGAGUGUGGACACAGUGUGCAACCUCUACCAGUCCUUCCAGGAGGCAGAAGGUUCAGCCACUGGCGGCCUGAUGGAGGACCGCAAGGAGCCACCACUGAACCAGGCUGGUGAUUUUGGUCCAGGCUCCAGGGGAGACGCCGCCCUUCUCCGACCCUGCCCCAAGCAUAUGAGUGGCACUGAGAGGUUACGCAAGGUCAUCCAGGAGCUGGUGGACACUGAGAAGUCCUAUGUGAAGGACCUGGCUUGCUUGUUCGAGAUCUACCUGAAACCUCUACAGAAUGAAACUUUCCUCACACUGGAUGAGAUGGAGAGUCUGUUCGGCAGUCUGCCAGAGAUGUUAGACUUCCAGAGGGUUUUCCUGCAGACGCUCGAAGAGAGGAUUGCUUCCUCCCCUGACUUCAGCACGCUUGAAACGCCCUCCCAGUUCAAGAAGCUUCUGUUUUCUCUCGGGGGUUCCUUCCUGUACUACGCUGACCACUUCAAGCUCUACAGUGGCUUCUGUGCCAACCACAUCAAGGUCCAGAAGGUCCUGGAGAGAGCCAAGACAGAUCGGGCCUUCAAGGAAUUUUUGGAUGCAAGGAACCCCACCAAGCAGCAUUCCUCCACCCUGGAGUCUUAUCUGAUUAAACCAGUGCAAAGAGUUCUCAAGUACCCCCUGCUGCUCAGGGAGCUGGUCUCCCUCACUGACGCCAACAGCGAGGAGCACUACCACCUCACAGAGGCGCUUCGGGCCAUGGAGAAGGUGGCCAGCCACAUCAAUGAGAUGCAGAAAAUCUACGAGGAUUACGGCGCAGUCUUUGAUCAACUUGUCACCGAGCAGGCUAGCCACGAUAGAGAGGUCACUGAAAUCUCUAUGGGAGAGUUCCUUCUGCAUUCCACUGCAGUCUGGCUUAACCCACAUCCGUCAUUAGGCCGCAUGAGGAAAGACCCCGAAAUGACUGUGUUUGUCUUCAAGAAAGCAGUCAUAUUGGUCUACAGGGAAAACAACAAGCUGAAGAAGAAGAUGACCAACCCACGUUCGGCGCUUUCUCACGGCGACCCGGACCCGUUCAAGUUCCGUUGGCUUAUCCCUCUGUCUGCACUCCAAGUUAGACUUGGAAAUACAGCAGGACCAGGCACAGAAAGCAGCUGUAUCUGGGAGCUGAUUCACUCCAGGUCUGAAGUGGAAGGGAGACCAGAGACGGUCUUCCAGCUGUGUAGCAGCGAGCCCGAGAGCAAGGUGAACGUCAUCAAGGUGAUCCGCUCCAUCCUCAGGGAGAAUGCCAGGAGGAACACGAGGGGCGAAUGCGCUUUGGAGCGUGGCUGUAAGGAACGCCUGGCAGCCAUGCGCAAUGCUGUGCCUUCCUCCGCCAGGAUGGGCUCCUCCAGGGCCUCCUGGUUGUGCCGGCAGCCCCUCGCAGAGCUCAAGUCCGGACCGGACUCUGACGAAGGCAGCCUGAGCAGCGGCACCCACAGUCUGUCAGGCGCUCCCCUGCCCCGACUUCCUGUCCAAGAGGGCCGGUCUGGGUCGCCGCCGGCAAGUUACUCCCAGCCCGUUUCCGGCUCCGUGAAGGAGUCCGACAUUCUCAGCGACGAGGACGACGACGGCUUUAGCGAGACUGCGGGCGCCAAGAGGGACACUCUCGACGCUCAGUUCUUCCAGUUAAAAAUCUCAGAGGAGCCCGUGCUGACCUACACGCCCGCCCCCCGCGUCCUGCCUGAGGGGGACGCUCCCAAGGCCGGAGCCAGACUGACGAGAGACCAAGCGGGUGCGGCAAAGAGGAAAAGCGGCAGUCUGCGGAGGAGCCAGGGGGCGCUAGUGUGCAUGAAGGAACAAAGCAGCUCACUGGACGACCACAAGGAUGCGUUGUCGUCAUCGCCGACAGGCGCUGUGGACCUCAACGCGCUCCUGGAGAGAGAGUUUAGCGUCCAGAGUCUGACCUCUAUGGUGAAUGAGGACUGCUUCUAUGACACAGCCUUGGAGAGACCCCCGAGAGCGCGGGACAACAACCCCAGUUAGCGCUCAGCCACGGUCAGGUGGAGAUGCUCGAGGCAAGCUGAUUGGUGUGUAGACUCUCCCAAGGAGGGGGUGGGUAACCUACGGCCUGUGGGCCAUAUUCCAAACAUGAGUGCAUUUUGUCCAGUCUGCUGUGACAUUUGAAAACAAGUGCAGUUUUCACCAAUAUUCAUAUUCGCUGAUUUUGUUCUAUGGACUAAGCUCUACCAUUAUAGCUUUGGUGCUAUCGAGUUGCAUCUUGAUGUCAAGGAAGUAUGGGGAGUUGGAGUUUCAUUGACUUUAGUUCUUUGCCACAACCUUGUGGCAUCUAUAGGCAAUUACAAUUUUUUGCGUGGGGGUGAAUUUCUCACAAGUUCACUCUUGGCUGUUCCCUGAAUACCCACUUCAAAUUCUGUGGUGAUCAGAUGAAGAUGUUCAGACCCUUGGAAAUCCUAGAAAAACGACACCAAAUCACAUUAUACCAAUAUGGCCUACUACGUUUGUUUCACAGCUGUUUAGGUUCUUUAUUUUGUGUCAAUCAGACACACUGGUGGCAGGCGCUUAGAAAUCAGGGGUGUCAAGCUCAUUUUCGCCGCAGGCCACAUCGAAGUCAUAGUUUCGCUCAGAUGGCUGUAAGGAUUAUAUAUUUCAAAUAAAAAAUUAAAACCAAAAAGGUUUGUAAUUGCCGGUCACAUGGUGGCAUAUCACUUUUUUUCUAUUAGACAAGGCUAUGUCCUGACGAAAUGAAACUUAUGCCCUCAGUUCAACAUAAUUCCUCGGCACCAAGAUGCCACAAGUGGCGGCAAAGCAAUAUUUUUAUAUGAUACGUCAUUUUGGCUGGGGCACAAACAAUUAAUUGGUGAGUUAUUCAGUGAAUAAUAGAAUCUGCUAAUAAGCAAAUUUGCGAAUGCUUGAACCACAUGAUUGGUGGGCAGUUAACUGUACAAUUAUUGUCCAUUUAAAAAAAAAAAAAAAAAAUUUUAAAAACUGGGUGAAAAUGAUUACUUGUAAAAGCUAGUUAAAAAGUUGCAAUUUCGGUCAUCUAUUUAGCAAGAAACAUCAAGUAGACAUACUUUGUUUGCUUUAGUGGGCCAGAUCUGGCAACUCUGGGCAGCGGGAUGAAUUCGGGGAUCGGGACCAUUAAAAUAAAUAAAUUUGUGUUCACCAAUUUUGAAGUCUUUUUGAUUAUGUUCAGGCCUUAAUAAUACCUCAAAUGUAAAAUUAAUUUAAAAAAUCCCCACAAAUGCUGAUUAACGUAUAAUAAUACAUGUACAUUUAUUAAGGUUUUCAGAGGACUGGUGUUAUGGGUCCCAUCAUGUGGUCCACUGGUGAUAAAAGCGUCUUAGCCAUGCGUUCCAUCCAUCCUCCCUUCAAACUCUCGGCUGAUUGGCAGGUUUUUUUUAUUUAUCGAAACGUUGGACCCUUUCGCUCAAGAAAGCGGUACAUCAGUGCUAACAGAUGAAGGAGGGGCAUGGGGGGAGAGACACAAGGACAAUUAUAACACACAUUUCGUUUGCGAGCGGCUCAUACGGUCCCCCCCUGCAGAGGCUUAAACUAUGCAUCAACAGAACUAAUAAGAAAAUGCUGGCAACAACGGUGAACAUAUGGCAAUUGGAGGCCACCUGGGGCAAUGAUAAUCAAUAAUAUGACCCCAUCGGAUGACAGCAGGCACACAUGCAAAAAUAGGACAAACUAUUUAUACGGCGAAUAUUUAUUUAUUUUUUUUGUAAUAAAGGCUGACUGAGUUUAUUUUUAAUGAAUGCGGUGGUUUGAAAGAAGUUUGGGGCACAUUGGUUUCACUUUCUAUUAUGACAUCUCGUUUCCAGUCACCUUUAAAAAUAGCUGACAGAAACACAUUUAAAAGUAGACUGAAUGAUGGGAAAUAAUAAAAGCAGAUUGAAAAGAAGGAAAUGAUGGCGCUUUGAUAUACUUGGAACACGCACACACAGUGCUGGAGCUCAUGGUCACAUGUACACUGUGAGCAAAGAUCCAAAGACCUGCUGCAGUCAAUGAAAUCUUUUUUCCUUCUGUAUUUUGUGCACUAAAGUACACUGUUUGCCUAUAUAAUUGAAAUAUUUUCCUGUACAGGUUUUAAUGUUAUUAAUGCAGGUUUUAUUUAUUACUUUAGUGAAGAUUGAUUGUUUAUAGUCUGUUUAGUUCAAGAUGUCCUGCAUUUAAGAACGAAUUCACCAAAAAAAAAAAAAAAAAAAAAAAAAAAAAAGGCAGGUUAAUGUUCUUCUGCAUAGCCUUUGGAAUUGAUUUUGUGAGCAGAAGAAUUGUUCGUUAAGGCUGCUUUAAUGGUUUAGAAUGACAAAUUUUGUAAAACGAUUUGUAUGUUUAUAUGCAUCUUUUGUACAUACUGUUUUCUACUUUGUGUAUUCUUUUUCUAAUUGAUACUGGACAACUUAGAAAUGAGGCAGAAAUAUAUUUACAACAAAUUCAAGUGCUAUUUUUUUUGUAAUGCAACAUGGACGGAGUUGAGGUACUUUCUAAGGCAAACCACUAAAGACUAUUAGUCUAUUAUCAUGCCUUCAGUGCUAGCAUACCAAUGAAUGUGAAUUCCUCCUCCUGAUGAAUUAUUUUCAAAAUAAAACUUAUCUGUGAA